AUAGGCAAAAGGUUCACAGCCAGAUCAGAUCUCAUCUUGCCUUUCUCUUGCAUUCAUUGGACAUCCACUGAGUAAAGAUGCAGAACGGCACAGAAGGAAGCAACUUCUACAUUCCCAUGUCCAACCGGACUGGGCUUGUAAGGAGUCCUUUUCUAUACCAACAAUACUACUUGGCGCCUCCAUGGCAAUACUAUUGUCUUGCUGUCUAUACGUUCUUCCUGAUCUGCUUUGGAUUCCCCAUCAACGGUCUGACCCUGUAUGUCACAGCCACAAACAAGAAGCUCCGGCAACCCCUUAACUUCAUCCUGGUCAACUUGGCUGCAGCUGGAAUGAUCAUGGUCCUCUUUGGAUUCACCAUCACCAUCACAUCUGCUGUCAAUGGUUACUUCAUCUGGGGACCAUUGGGCUGUGCCAUUGAGGGCUUCAUGGCUACACUUGGAGGUGAGGUUGCCCUGUGGUCUCUGGUAGUGCUGGCUGUCGAGAGAUACAUUGUGGUCUGCAAGCCCAUGGGCAGCUUCACGUUCACUUCCACCCAUGCUGGUGCUGGUGUUGCAUUCACCUGGAUAGCUGCUAUGGCUUGUGCUGCUCCCCCACUGCUUGGCUGGUCCAGGUACAUCCCAGAGGGCAUGCAAUGCUCAUGUGGACCUGACUACUACACCUUGGCCGAAGGCUUCAACAAUGAAUCAUAUGUGAUCUACAUGUUCAGCUGCCACUUCAUCAUCCCAGUCUGUUUGAUCGCCUUCACUUAUGGAAGUCUUGUCCUCACAGUCAAGGCGGCUGCAGCUUCCCAGCAGGACUCAGCAUCUACCCAGAAAGCUGAGAAGGAAGUGACACGUAUGUGCAUCCUGAUGGUUUGUGGUUUCAUGAUCGCCUGGACCCCCUAUGCCACCCUCGCUGCCUAUAUCUUCUUCAACAAAGGAAUUGCCUUCAGUGCCCAGUCCAUGGCUAUACCUGCCUUCUUCUCCAAGAGCUCAGCCUUGUUCAACCCCAUUAUCUAUGUGUUGAUGAACAAACAGUUCCGUGGCUGCAUGCUGGCCGCUGUAGGGAUGAAAGCAGAAGAAGAUGAAACUUCUGUGUCAACAAGCAAGACAGAAGUGUCUUCUGUGGGCCCUGCAUAGACUUUCCCUCAUCCUGCACUUCCCACCCUCUGAUUUCUACCCUUGUCUGAUGCUCUAUAUGGACUGCUUUUGAAGACACUACUUUCACCAAAUGGACAUUAUACUGUUUUGAGCUGUAAUGAUUGGACUCUGUCACUCCAGAUAACACAGAAGUGACAAAAACAGGGCAGUGUAUUGACAUUCAUCUGAACCCAUCUCUUGUUCUCUAUGAUUUCACCUGAGUCGACAGACAGUCCGUUGGAUAGUUUGGAGGGCUAUAAUUGACAAUGAGGAAAUCUUAAGCCGAGCUCAACAAUAAGACAAAAUCUAGUCAACCCAGUUCACAAGGCAAAUCUAUACACUCACAUACUGUGUCACUCAAUGUAGUUGAAAAUAUACUUGACAUGCAUUUUAUACUCAUCCAAAACAAACAAAUGCAACAGAAAUUUGCCUCUCAUAGGUGGUAACAAAUGGAUGGAACUCAGACUUGCAGAACAGCUCUCAUUUUUGUCUUGAUGUAUCAUGAGAUUGUAUUUUUAUGUUAUUGUGAGGCUAGCAAUUAUUUUGUUGUCAUCAUUUCCUGUAUAUAUUUUAUAAAUAACAAAAAAUUAUAGUACUAGAUAAAUAAAUCCAUGCAUGAAUCUACUA